AUGUCGAGUGCUGACGAGAAGAUCCCCAACUCCACCGCCAAUCCUCCACCCGAGGACGCGGUUCUGGACGAUGAGUCGCGUCUCCCCGCCGCUGCCCACCGUGGCAAGCCAUGGAUGUACAGGUCUCCCAAGAUUGGCCCCUGGACGCUCCCGUGGUACGCGUCGCCGAUCUCGCAGCUCCUCAUCGUCUCCUUUGUGUGCUUCCUCUGCCCGGGCAUGUUCAACGCCGUGAACGGUCUUGGUGCUGGUGGCCAGCUCGACGGGCACGCCGUCAACAAAGCCAACACUGCACUCUACUCCACCUUUGCCGUCGUCGGUUUCUUUGCCGGCUCGGUCGCCAACCGAUUGGGUCUACGCACAACCCUCUUCUUUGGUGGCUUCGGCUACUUCCUCUAUGUCGCCUCCAUCCUGUCAUACAACCACAACAAGAACACCGGCUUCCUCAUCUUUGCUGGUGCCCUGCUCGGUGUCUGCGCCGGCUGCCUGUGGACCGCCCAGGGCGCCGUCAUGAUGAGUUACCCGGAUGAACAGCACAAGGGAAAAUUCAUCUCCUGGUUUUGGAUCAUCUUCAACCUGGGUGGUGUCAUUGGAAGUUUGGUGCCCCUCGGCCAGAACAUCCACAGCAAAGCCAAUGCCGUCAACGAUGGAACCUACAUUGCAUUCAUGGUCCUCAUGUUCCUUGGUUUCGUGCUCUCUUUCGCCCUGGUGAACCCCAAGUUUGUUCGUCGUGUCGACGGCUCUCACGUUAUUGUCAUGAAGAACCCCUCCUGGCAAUCAGAACUAAAAGGUCUCGUGCAAGUCUUGCGUACUGACUACUACAUCGUCCUCUUCUUCCCCAUGUUCUUGGCCAGCAAUUGGUUCACCACCUACCAAUUCAACGGCGUCAACCUUGCCCAGUUCAACAUUCGCACUCGUGCCCUCAACAACGUCCUGUACUGGUUCUUCCAGAUGGUCGGCGCCUUCGUAUUUGGCUACUUACUCGACAUCAAGUCAGUCCGCCGCACCGUCCGCGCUCGAGCUGGCCUGGUCCUCCUUUUUGUCUUGACGAUGGCUGUCUGGGGUGGCGGCUGGGCCUUCCAAAAGAACUAUGACCGUGCCGACGUCCUCCUAGAGGAUGAUCGCACAGAUUGGACCGCCAGUAACUACAUCGGACCAAUGUUCCUCUAUCUAUUCUAUGGUUUCUACGACGCCGCCUUCCAAACUUGUUGCUAUUGGUUCAUGGGCGCUCUCACAAACAACAGCCGUAAACUUGCCAACUUUGCUGGUUUCUACAAGGGUAUCCAAUCUGCCGGUGCCGCUAUUACUUGGCGUAUGGACGACUUGAACGUUUCGUACAAAGCCUACUUUGGAUCCACCUGGGGCCUCCUUGCUGGCUCUCUCGUCGUUGCUGCCCCCGUCGUCUUCUGGAAGAUCAAGGAUAGCAUCGACAUCGAAGAAGACAUCAAAUUCUCCGACGAAACCCUCGAAGAAGUCGCCGGAAACCAAAUCUUGGAGGGAGACGAGAAGAAAUAA